AUGGCCAACAUCAACAAUCUUGGAUCAUGCAGUACAAACACUCCAUCAGCAAAAAACCCUAGUCAAGGUUACCUGAAGAAGCAGAUGUCGGAGUCGAUAGAUAAUCAAACUUCUGCAGGCAAACGAGAGCUUCAUAGUAAUCAACAUCCAAAUAACACGUCAAGCACUGGAUCCCCGUCACUCCUACCUAGGUGGUUUAUUUGCUGCCUCUGGUGGGCCAUUCCAUUAGUCGUGGCAUUGGUGGCCUUCGACGUCUUAAUGUACCCGGAUAUCUCUCUCAGGAAUAAAUUUGACCCAGCAGCAGAGGCAAUACUUCAUCUAGAUACCACAGGAAUGCAGCCAUAUGAUGCCAGUAAUCCAGAGCUCCUGAACCAUUUCGCUGGAUGUACAUACCAGAGCACACGCGAUAAGACCGCCGUCCGACUGGCCUCAUUCAAAGCUUCGUCCUUGGCGCUAAAUAGCCACAUCAUCUCAUCCUUACCCCCUGCAUUCCUACACCAUAACGACUCAAGUCCUAAUACAACCAUCAACAUGAUUCUGACCACAACAUCGAAGACAGUUCAAGUCCGACAGAGCGCGGUACUACUCGGGUCCAGCUACAUAGACUUAGCACGUGAAUGCGCAGUUCAUCGCGCGCCCUUCUUACAGGAACUUACCCCAUGUAACCAAAUCGCCCGUGACGCCCACGAUAUACCAACGAAAGAAAAGGAUACGGAGCGGGCGAAGCAGUUGCGCGAGAAAGCGAGUCAGUGUAGAGAAACUGCCGCUUCAGUAAAUAGGGCUGAUCAUGCUAUCGCUGUCGCCAAUAGAGAAUUCGGCGCUUUACGCAAUCAUACCGAUGGAUUACUUGUGCUGGACAUACAGACAAUGAAGUUAGCUGAGGAGAUGCAGGGUUGGACAUAUGGAGAUAGUGAGGCCGAUGAUGUUGAUGCCGAUGAUGGUGAUGCAGAUGAUGGUGAUGCCGAUGAAGUCGAAAGUCUAGGUCCUAAUGACACGGAGAGUCAGCGGCGCUACCUCAAGCAAUGGUUCUUCGAGAAUAUCGCUGCUGCUCAUGGGGACAACGCCGAGAACUUUCAUGCUAUUUGGAUGGACUGUGUUUUUGCAGACUGA